AUGCUCCUCGCAACAUUUCUAUUAUUUUUUAUGAUAUCAAUACGAUAUGUAUGGGCUUUGAACAUAACUUUUCCCUCCCCUCCGACGGCCGGUCAAAACAAUACCUUUCUUUGGACACGAAAGCAGGGUGAUCCAGGAACGGUCUUGUUGAGGAAGCAGAAGCUCGAUGGUUCAAUUGGUGCUACACCAUGGUCUAGUAAUCCCGUACAGUUGGAUUUGUCAAAUCCGGCCGGAAGCGCUCAAAUUAAUUUCGACAGAGCAGGGCUGUUUAAUGUUGGAGCUUUCAAGACGGAUGCUACUACGCCUAUCUCCAUUACACAGGUCGCCGUAUCUUUGAUUCCGACUUUUGCUGGCGCCAGUAUUGGGACGUCGUCGACCGAAUCAGUCUCUUCUCCGGUUGGCAGUAGUACUCAAUCCCCGAGCGUUGCCUUCAUAGUUGGUCUAUCUCUCGGACUCAUAGCUCUCCUGGUCAUUAUUGGGGGUAUUAUCUUGUACUUUCGCUAUAGAUGCCGAAGGAUAAGAACGGAUACGACACCUCCGAGCCUGACUCCCUUUUCUGAUACAUCGGGUUAUAACAUAACACGCACGGAUAUAAAGGAACGACAGAGGCAGAUGGUUGGACAGAAAGAACACCAAGUUGAACGCCAGUCACGGAGUUAUGAGCAAGCGCCUCAAACGUCUCCCGCCAACAACCAAACUGGUGAUUCCGGAUUAAAUCGGCUGGGAGACGACACCGUCCUAGAACUUCGUCAUCAGAUGGCCAUUGUAACGCAGAGAAUGGCGACUUUGGAGGCAGGAAUGGCACCGCCGCCGGAUUAUAGCUCCCAGUUAUAA